CCGGCUUUUUGUUUCCACACGGCUCGUUUUACUGAGGAAACCCACCGGAAGUUGCUCCGCUAGCAUUGUGUCGAGCUGUGGACGCUGUGAAGACUUUUUGUUUUUUACUCUCUACGUUUGUUUUUUAAUUUCUUCACUUCUCAUCCGAUCUCGGCGACAAUGACAGACCGAUACAACAUCCACAGUCAGCUGGAGCAUCUGCAGUCGAAGUACAUCGGCACAGGACACGCCGACACCAGCAAGUGGGAGUGGCUGGUGAACCAGCACAGAGACUCGUACUGCUCCUACAUGGGACACUUUGACCUGCUCAACUACUUCUCUGUGGCUGAGAACGAGAGCAAAGCUCGAGUCCGCUUCAACCUGAUGGAGAAGAUGCUUCAACCGUGUGGGCCACCAGCAGACAAACCUGAUGAUGCCUAGAUUAAACUUUUUACUUGCAGUUUUGUUUUUUUACAGUUUUGUUUUUUUUUUGGACAUUCAAUGUUUUGCUCCUCUGAAAAUUCUGAGCGUAAAGCUUUGUAUGACCCUGAGCCACACAGGCGAAAGAAAGAAGAGUAGCAGGGGCUUCAAGAUGUGAACAUUCACCAGAGAAGAUGAUAGAAAAUGUGUACAAGGUGUUGUCACAUCAUCUGUAUCAACUGAUGGAGCGGUGUUCUUAAUCGAAAUGUCUGUUUUGACCUCAUUAAAAUUUGUUUUUCUCUA